AUGGGAAGUAAAGAGCUAUGUUUAGAGAGAGGUGUGUUGAAAGAAGAAGAGACUUGUGUGAAACUGGCGGACAGUGAGCCUUUGGCCCUGCAGUCGGGAGGGGAUGUUGUGAUUGGAGGGCUGUUCCCUCUGCAUUUUGUGGCUCCUAAGCCACAGAACAGCUACCACAGCAAACCCCAGCUCACACCUUGCAAGGGCUUUGAUCAUAGAGCUUUCCGCUGGAUGAUGACCAUGGUCUUUGCAGUGGAGGAAAUUAAUCGUAAUACCAGCCUGUUACCAGGUGUUAAACUAGGCUACCGGAUAAUGGACAGCUGUGACCAUGUACACACCAGCCUGCAAGCUCUUAUGUCUUUAGUCAGUCACUCUAAAGCGUGGAUGGGAGAGUUGAAACAAAUGGUAAAAACUGAAAAAAUAUUAGAUAUGCCAAAGGAGACUUUGCCCUCAUGUCUGGUGGAUUAUCCCGUACCUGCUGUGAUUGGCCUUGCAUCUUCUACCCCAGCAAGAGCUGUAGCUCAUACACUCGGUCCUUUCAAUAUCCCACUGGUGAGCUUUUUUGCCACUUGUACUUGUCUUACUAACAAGGACUCAUACCCGUCAUUCUUGCGGACUGUACCGAGUGAUCUCUUUCAAGUUAGAGGUCUUGUUCAGCUGGUCACCUUCCUCAACUGGCUCUGGGUAGGCACUAUUGGCACCACGGAUGACUACAGUCAAUAUGGCAUCCAAGCAUUUUCUAGUCAGUUUAAAAAACAGGGUGGGUGUGUGGCAUUUCAUCUGAUUAUCCCAAAAUCACCCUCUGUGACUGAGUUACAAGACAUUGCCAACAAGCUGCAGAGUUCAACUGCACAGGUAGUUGUGGUCUUUGCAACAGAGGGACAGCUGCUGGAUCUGUUCUUAGAGCUGGCUGAGAGAAAUGUGACAGGGAUUCAGUGGGUAGCUAGUGAAGCCUGGGUCACAGCUAGCCUGCUGACCUCUCCCCACUUCCACCCUAUCCUAGAAGGCACACUGGGAUUCUCCUUCCCUGGAGUCAUGAUACCUGACUUGGAAGAGUUCCUGUUGAAUGUCCGUCCCUCUCCCAAACCGGGACAUGAAUUUGUCAACAUGUUCUGGGAAGAGCUGUUUGGCUGCAGGCUAGAGUUUAGAGGAGAAGGUGCUGCUGAAAAGCCUCUAUGCACUGGUUCAGAGGAUCUGAGGUUCACUGAAAGCAGUUAUACUGAUGUAUCUGAGGUCAGAAUAUCAUAUAAUGUAUAUAAAGCUGUAUAUGCCAUCGCCCAUGCUCUGCACACUUUACUGAAGUCUGAUUCUGCAGGACAUAGCAAGACAUUUACUUCUAGUCAGUUGCUGCAACAUCUGAAGAAAGUGAAUUUCACCAACCAGUUUGAGGAGAAGGUAUAUUUUGACUCAAAUGGAGAGCCGGUACCUCUCUAUGACAUCAUUAACUGGCAGAAAGACAGCAAGGGUAAAAUAAGAUUUGUCAAAGUGGGAAGCUAUGACGGUUCGGCUCUAUUCAGACAACAAUUGCAGAUAGAUCACAGCACCAUUGUCUGGACCGAAGGACAGUCACAGGUUCCUAUAUCUCAGUGCAGUGCUCCAUGCCUCCCUGGCACCAGGCAGGCCAGACGUUUAGGAGAGCCACACUGCUGUUUUGAUUGUUUGCCCUGUGCAGAUGGAGAGUUCAGCAACCAGACUGGAUCCACUGAAUGCACAAAAUGCCCCGAAUAUCAUUGGCCAGACAAAGAAAAGGUGAAAUGUGUGGCCGGGAUUGAAGAAUUCCUGUCUUUCCACGACGCCAUGGGUAUCAUUCUGGUUGCACUUACACUGCUGGGUGUUGUCCUGACAACUAUCGUCACUGUUGUCUUUCACCGUUUCCGUACCACACCGAUUGUGAAGGCAAACAACUCAGAAAUCAGUUUCCUGCUUCUCCUGUCACUCAAGCUCUGCUUCUUGUGUGCCUUGGUGUUUAUUGGACAGCCUUCUGUUUGGACAUGUAGACUCCGCCAGGCAACAUUUGCGAUUAGUUUUGUCCUCUGUCUGUCUUGUCUCCUUGUUAAGACCAUUGUGGUUCUCUUGGCCUUCCGGGCUAAUGAACAUGCUUCCAGGGCUCUCAAGCUGUUUGGUCCCUGUCAACAGAGGUCUCUGAUCAUCUGCACUAUAGCUCCUCAGGUUUGUCUGUGUGCUGGUUGGCUUUUGGGCGCACCUUCCUUCCCAUUCAAGAACCCAAACUACCAAGCCUCAACUGGAAAAAUCAUUGUGGAAUGUAAGGAGCCAUGGCCCCCUGGAUUUUAUCUGGUCCUGGGCUACAUUGGUUUUCUGGCCUUCAUCUGCCUUCUCCUGGCGUUCCUCGCACGCAAGCUUCCCGAUAGCUUCAAUGAGGCGAAGCUCAUCACUUUCAGCAUGCUGAUCUUCUGUGCCGUUUGGAUUUCUUUCAUCCCAGCUUAUGUCAGCUCUCCUGGGAAGCUCACUGUGGCUGUGGAAGUGUUUGCUAUAUUAGCGUCCAGUUUUGGACUGUUACUUUGCAUUUUUUUCCCCAAAUGUUAUAUAAUUUUAUUGCAGCCUCAAAGAAACACAAAAAAAGGCAUGACUGGAAGAACUUAA